AGGGGCUCCGGGUCAGCACUGCCAACUGCCCUAACACGGAACCUUUGGCCAGUGUGGAAAAAGCAGCCAGCCUGGGGUUCCCUCCCUUGCCUUGUGGUGCAUCUGCUGAAACUCUUCCGGCCCCUCAAGCAGAAAUGGUGUGGGAUCUGGGCCAGACCCCUCUUGCAGUGACUCAAAGCUGCCUACCCUACUGGAAGGACAGGGUGGAUGACCCUUAGCCUCCUCUCCCUUCUGAACUGGCUCACGCCACCGCGGUGGCUUCAGUCCUGGGUGCCUUCAUCUUUUCCCUGUGACUCUCCUCCACUUUGCUUGUCAUAUUCCCUCUGGUUUUCCUGCCUCCCUCUUCAACGGUGGGACACAAGGCUGGACCAAGGCCUCCACGGAAGAGCUCUGCCAUCAAGGAAGGCAGCACAGGGCUGGGCCGUGCCUAUGGACCCUUCUCAGGACAACCCAAUGGUACCAGCAGGGCUGCUCUCCUAAGCCGCAGAGAGCCUGGGCUCACCAUCCUUCAGGAGGAGCCAUGGUGUUUAGGAGGGGCAGGGGCAGCUCCCAGCAGUGGCCUGGCCCAGGAGGGGGCAGUGGCUGCACAGGCUGCCUAGGUAUGCUCAAGGCUGCCCUGCUGCUUGUCAGCCUACCGUGGGGGGUCUGGGGAACAGCCAUUGCCGGUGCCAACCUCAGCACGGCUCUGGGCCAUACUGUGCCACUGACAGGGGGCCGCUACUUGAGCAUUGGGGAUGGCUCUGUGAUGGAGUUUGAGUUCCCAGAGGAGAGUGAGGGCAUCAUUGUGAUCUCGAGCCAGUACCCAGGCCAGGGCAACAGGACAGGGCCUGGUCCCACGCUGAGAGUCACUUCCCUGGACACAGAGGUGCUGACCAUCAAGAAUGUGAGUGCCAUAACCUGGGGCGGUGGGGGCGGCUUUGUGGUGAGCAUCCACUCAGGCCUGCCCGGGCUAGCCCCACUCCACAUCCAGCUUGUGGAUCCCCACAAGGCCCCACCCAUGCUGAUCGAGGAGCGGAGAGAUUUCUGCAUCAAGGUCUCACCUGCCGAAGACUCCCCCACCACCCUCGGCGCCGACCUGAUCCACUUCUCAGAGAACCCAAUACUUUAUUUGCUCCUGCCUCUUAUCUUUGUCAACAAGUGUUCGUUCGGGUGCAAAGUGGAGCUCAAGGUUCUGAAGGGACUCCUGCAGAGCCCCCAGCCCAUGCUGCUGGGCCUCCUGGGCCAGUUUCUGGUCAUGCCCUUCUUUGCUUUCCUGAUGGCCAAGGUCUUCAUGCUGCCUAAGGCCCUGGCUCUGGGCCUCAUCAUCACCUGCUCGUCGCCUGGCGGCGGGGGGAGCUACCUCUUCAGCCUCCUCCUUGGAGGGGACGUCACUCUGGCCAUCUCCAUGACUUUCAUCUCAACGGUGGCUGCCACUGGUUUCCUGCCACUGUCCUCAGCCGUCUACAGCCGCCUGCUCAGCAUCCACGAAACACUCCAUGUGCCCAUCUCCAAGAUCCUGGGGACCCUGCUGUUCAUUGCCAUCCCCAUAGCAGCAGGCGUAGUGAUCAAGUCCAAGCUCCCCAAGUUCUCCCAACUGCUGCUCCAGGUUAUCAAGCCCUUCAGCUUUGUGCUGCUCCUGGGUGGCCUCUUCCUGGCCUACCGCAUGGGGGUCUUCAUCCUGGCGGGCGUCAGGCUGCCCAUCGUGCUGGUGGGCCUCACAGUGCCCCUGGUUGGCCUCCUGGUGGGCUACUGUCUGGCCACAUGCCUGAAGCUGCCAGUGGCCCAGCGGCGGACGGUCAGCAUUGAGGUAGGAGUGCAGAACAGCCUGCUGGCCUUGGCCAUGCUGCAGCUGUCCCUCCGCCGCCUUCAAGCCAACUAUGCCUCCCAGGCCCCCUUCAUCGUGGCACUGAGCGGCACCUCGGAGAUGCUGGCCUUAGUCAUUGGCCACUUCAUCUAUAGCAGCCUGUGCCCAGUUCCCUGAGGCCCCUGGGUCAAGCUUUCGCCGCCCCUAGCCCCCACCCUCCACCCACUGUCCCCACAGUUCUUGUGUACCAAAGGCCUUUAGUUCUCAUGCACUAUGCACUCACAAAAAUCCAGGCUGAUGUUUUUUACUGGUUUUUUAUUCUCCAGCUUUCAGUGCCAAAGAGGCUAUGCUGACUUAGGUAGGUAGGCACUGCCCAGAAAAUAUAUUUCAAUAAAAGAGAGAAGCAAG